AUGGUAUCGAAGCCUAGCAGCCCGGUCGUUCGUGAGACGGAGGUCUCCGACAGCAGCGACGACGAGCUUGAGUCCUGCACGACCCCUGGCCCCUCGAUGCUGCGGCCCAGCACCCAGGCCGAGGAGGAAGAGGUCGAGGGGACUCUGCACUGGGAUGCGGGCAGCCACAGGCACGCACCCGACCCUCCCUGUGCGCACUGGGGUCACCGGCCCUCAGACGCGCACAGGGCCGCGGGCAACGCCGCGCUCGCGGCGGGGGACUGUGCUGCAGCGCUGCGCCACUAUGCGCUGGGCUUGGCCGAGCCCUCCGCUUCUCCGCGGGACACGGCCGUCCUGCACUGCAACAUGGCGGCCGCCCACCUGCGGCUGGGAGCCGCCGCCAAGGCGGCCGCCGCAUGCGAGCGCGCGCAUCAACUGCGCCCCGACUGGCACAAACCUCUGUUCCGGCUGGCCCGGGCACGGCAGGCGCUGGGGCAGUGGGCGGCUGCCGCAGCGGCGGCGCGACGCGGCACCCAGCUGGCGGGGCCGGCCGAUGUGCCCAGCUUCCAGGCCCUGCAGGAUGAAGUUGCGGUCUCAGCCUUUGUGGCCGGCAGCCUCGCUGGCUUUGGUGGAGCCCGGCUGGAGGUGCGUAGCGCCGGGGACGAAGCCUGGCUCGGGGGCCCAGCACCCCACGAUCCGCAUUUGGAUGGGCCGGAGGCCACCGAGCCUGGUGAGGUGGUCAAGUACCUGCCCGCAGGAACAGGGGCUUGUCUCCAACCGCCGGCCGCUGGCAUCGAGUCGGCGAGCCUCGAGGCCAAAGCCAGGUCUGGCGGCGCGCUGGUCCCCGCGGAGGCAAGUGGGCUGGCCUUGAAGAUCACCGGCGCGAGUCAAGACCUGGCAGAGUGGAGGGCGCCAUCAGGGCCACGCCGCACCUCCUUCCGGAGCCUCAAAGAGGCCGUGGCAGCCGCCGAAGACGGCGACAUCAUCGUCCUGCUGGCCGGGGUCCACAAUGGCAUGGGGGAGGCUGUGACUGUCUCCAAGCGGCUGCUCAUCCAGGGUCAAGGGCGGCUGGGCGACGCCGUCAUCGACCAGCGGGCCAACAGCCCCACCUUCCGCCUCGGCCGGGGGGGAGUGGUACUGCACAACCUGACCCUGGAUCAGACCGGGUUCAAGGAGACACUCUGCGUCUCUGGGCCGGCGGGGGGUGGGGGCCCCCUGAUCCUGGGCUGCAUGGUCAAGUGCUCAGGGGACGAUGCGGUGAAUGUCUGCCGGGGCGCCGCCCCCCUGUUUGUGGACUGCGAGCUGACGGCCAGGAAAUCCGGGGUGAGGGCGUUCGACAGCGCCGCGCCGCGCCUGCUCCGGUGCACCAUCGAGAAAUGCGGGGAGGCGGGGGUCAAGCUCCUGGAGAGCGCCAAGUGCGACCUCACAGACUGCAUCGUCCAGAAGUGCGAGGAGGAGGGCCUCGUGGCCAUGGACAGCGCUCUCCUCACGUGCUCGCAGACCGUGGUGACAGGCUGCAAGGGCCCAGGCGUCGACCUGAGCGACCGCGCCUCUGCAACCCUGGUCGGCGGGGCGGUGCAAGAGAACGUGGGGGGCGUGUGGCUCUGGGACCAGGCGCGAGCCCAGCUGAGCGGCGUGAGGCUGGAGGGGGGCCCUUCGCAUGCCGUCAUGGUGUUCGAGGAGGGCGCCGAGCUUGUCGCAGAGGAUUGCGCCAUCUGUGGCACCUUGCAUGGUCCAGAGGGGGUCCUGCAGGCCAUCCCCGCGACCAACACGGUGGCGCCGCCCGGGCGCCACACCGGCUGGCCCCUGGAGGAUGGACCGUUCCAGUUUGUGCCCAACCGAUUCACGCGGAAGCAGUAG